AUGACCAAAUUGUUCGAGAACUGUUAUCGAAUGAUCAACAUUGCCUACGUCAAUGAAGUCAGCGACGCUUGCCGCACGCUGGGUCUGGACCCCAACGAGGUCAUCGACGCCGCCGCCACCAAACCCUAUGGCUUCCAGGUCUUCCGUCCCGGUCUAGGAGUCGGUGGUCACUGCAUCCCCGUCAACCCUUCCUACCUGCUCCAGACAUGCCCCGAUCUGCCCAUCCUGGAACACUCGACCAAGCUGAUGAGAAACCGCCCGGCCAAGCUAGCUCGAGAGAUGCACGAACAUUGCUCGUCGACAAAAUUUGCCUCGACGCCGGACCUCCACCCCAGGGUCCUGGUGAUCGGCGUGGGUUUCAAGCCGGGCCAGUCCGUGCUCUCACACUCGCCUGGUCUUGACUUUGCCAGUGAGCUCAAGAACUUGGGCUGCGAUCGUCUGGCCUUCUACGACCCUCUCGUGCCUCAAGAGACCGUUUCGUGGAUGGAAAAGCUCGAGGAUGACGCAUUCACCCCGACCGAGCUCGUCUCCGAGUUUGAUGUCAUCGCCGUCUGCACGAGACAACACGGUGUCGACUUUAAACUAUUGGACAAUCUCCCGGAGAACAUGGUCUGGUCGUACGACUAG